AAAUUUCAGUUCAUAACUUUUCGUGUAAUAAGAGAGGGGGUAGUGCUAAGUGCAACCUUGGAUGUGAUAUCUUGCGUUUAUUGAAAGGGAACUUGAGCGCUGUUAUUAUCGGGUAUGGUGUUACAGUCGUGGUCGCGGUAUGAACGCGUACAGUACUAUACAGUGAAAGUUCUAAAAAUUGUUAAAAAAGACAGACGAAAAAUACAAGUGUCGUUUUAUUUUCUUCUUUCCGAUGGUUCUUUAUGAAAUAAUAUUUCUUUUUAUCGAUAUAUGUAAAGUAAAGCUUAUUUGGAUUGAUUACAGUAUUUUUACAAUUGUAAUAAUAUAAUUCGAGAUUGAUUAAAUUUGAAAAUUAAGUAACAAAAGAAAAUAUUAUUGGUAAUAAUAUUGCUUUCAAUUGCUUAAAAAAGAAGAUAAAUGAUUAUAAAAAUGGGAAAUUAAAAUCAAUAAAUAGAUUAUUUCUAGUAGGUUAAAAUAAAACUAGUUUUAUAUCUAUUUGAAGUUAUAAUGUUCAAGAGGAAUAAGACAAGUUUAAUCUGAAAUAUAAGCGUAAAAAAAUAAUUCUAACCAAAGACUUGACGAAAGAAAUACCGAAGGCUUGACAAACACGAGCCACCUUUGACGCAACGCGAAUAUACGAUAGUCAGCUGUAUCAUACGACCCAAGUCCGAAACACAUUGUCGGUCAAGCUCGUCACAUGGUUGCGAUGUCAAUGAUUUGAGACGUCAACCAGACAUUUAUUGCGUGCGUGAUCAGUUGCGGAUUUAUAUUGCGACCGAUAUAUGUACGUAUGUAUUUAUUUGAUAUCACUCACAGAUUUAAUAGAAUUACAAUAUAAUAGUUCCAUUUAUUGGAACGAAACUUUGACGACAGAAUACAGCUUUCUGAACUCUUGUAUGAAUAAAGAGUUAUAGACGAGGAGGAUUAAUGAAUACUUAUUACUUUAUUGUUAAUGCUCUAUUAAUGGAACGACUCGACUCAGUCGACUGAAUUUGAAUUUCUGCUGUUUAAAUGAAGAGCCGUGGGUAGGAGACCCUACAAAUAUUUCAUUUAGUAAUUAUAUUUUUAAUUUAUUUCACGGUUUCCUUUAGUCAAUUAUGAAGCAAUGCACCAGCGCAAGAUGUAACUCUUUCUUUGACAGUUUUCGAGAACAACUGAAGAUUCUCAUGUUGUAAACGUCAUUUUUUCAUGUAUCAUCGAAGCGCAACUUCUCCGAUGAUGUCAUCAUUCAACAUCCGAGGUGAACAGUCGAACCGGCUCGAUAAACUAAAAAUAGCGAUUUCUGUCUUUUUUUCAUCUUUUGUUUUCAUAUACCAAUCUUGAAUAAUCGACAACGUCGCGUCGUUGGGAAAUUUUUCCGAUGGAAACAAGAUACGAUUGAUCUUAGAGCACAAACGAAUAUGACGUAGGAAAUAAAUCUUAUCAGUUGUUCGUUCUCAAGUUCAAGUAAAAAUCAGACAAUAUUUUAUUGGGAAUGAUGCGUUGAGUUAUAUAACGGAAUGAAGUUCGUUGAAUCGACGUUUGGAAUCGAUAUUCUCGCCGGAAGUAAAAGUAUGCCUUGUUAUUUGUAAACGUAAGCUAACGACGAGAAUUUAGCACAGGUUCAUUUAAAUGCACUGGGAUUUUUUCACGAUUGUCAUAAAAACAUUUCAAACAUAAAAACCUGUCCUGUUUGAAAUAAUAUGCAAAUGUACAUGGAUCACAAAACAAUAAAAGAACAUGUUAUAUACAUACUCUAGAUGUUGUGCAUCCUCAGAAAAUUGAAAAUAAAAAGGGAUCGAUCCUUUUCAAUUGGGACCGUGCGAACACCCCUUAAACCGAAAUGUCAAUGUAUCAUAACCUCAUUAACAACGUUCGCGUUCUAUUUGCGCGCGUUGUGCAUAUUAUUUGUGAGUCGCGUAAAAAUAGAAAUUCGUUGUACGUCAGACGAAAAAAAAAAAAAAGAAAGAAAGAAAAAGUCCAGGAGAAGGUUCACCGAGGAUUAUUUUCGGGAAUACGGGGUUUGAAUUAUUUUCGAUAAUUUCGACGUAUAUUUAUCCUUAGACGGGAGACUAAAUUUACCUCUAGGAACUUUUUUCCCCUUAUAAAUCGGAUCUCCGAUGAAAUGAAAACGCGAGAUAAUCAAUGAGAUUAACAUUAACUGAGUAGUAAACGAAAAUAGGCGACGAAGAGGAAAAGGGAGAAAGAAACGCAAAAGAGGGAGGAGGGACGAAGAGUGAGAGAAAGAGAGAGAGAGAGGGAGAGAGAGAGAGAGAACAGCGGGAACGUGAUAAUUUGAAGUAAACUCGCGGACUAGUCAUUGAUCGACCGCGAGACGUCGAGCGCCGCGACGCCCUCUCUCCUUUUCUUAACCCUAGCGGCGUCCCCACCUGUGCUUGUUCACAAUCGUGUCAGACAUUUAAGCGUCACAUCCGAAACACGCCUCCUUCUUUCUCUCGCUCUUACCCUCUCUCCCUCCCCGUCCCAUUUGUCUCUCUCUCCUUCGCUCUUUUCAUUCGUCGUUCAACGACUCGUCGACGGCCGUGUCUCGUCGCGGACCAGGAGAAGAAUUCGCGUUGACGAACCUCGGGCGCUCGUUUCGCGUUUCUCGUCGGUUCUGUUGCUCGGCAUAAGAGAGAGAGAAACGAGACACGACUUACAAAAGGGAGAUAGAAAUAGAGAUAGAGAUAGAACGAAAAGGAGAGAGGGACAGAGAAACUGGCGCACGCAGCACGCGAGAAACAGAGACACCUCUCUUUGCCGCGUGAAAUUCUACUCCUCGCCGUUUUUUUUUUUCUUUCCAGAGGUAGAAACGUGCGACUGCUGGUCGAUGUAUGAGCAACGUUCCGUGUGAGCCUCGCACUGUUCUGAUUGACCAGUUCCAGUGAACAGUCACGAAGGAUAGAGAAGAAACGGGAACCGAAGAGGGGAGAGAAGGUUCUUCGGAAGUGGUUGUGCGUUUUGUUUCGUGGCAAAAAUGUGUCGUGGCCAGCUGCAACGCGUGGACGAAAUGUUCGACACGGGACUUGAUCGUUGUUCAUGAAGGUUCCUCUGGCACGCGGAUAAGGAGAUGCAGUGUGCCCUGAUGUUAACGUCGAGGAUUUCGUCGGGUUUCGACGUCGGUUGCUGUGCUACCCCGUGUAUCACCGUGCUCAUUGAAUCGCUUUGUCUGAAUGGGGUGGCGGUGAACGACCGUUUCUAGGUCGGUCGAGAUCCACACCGGGAGCUUAAUUGACGCGCUUCGAGGAAUUCUAGGAGCGGGUCGUAGGAAAUUGGGACAUCGAACGAGGAUCCUUUUUUUCUCACACGGUACGCGGACUCGGUGGCGAAGCUUCUCUCUCUCUCUCUCACACACACGGAGUGGUUUCUCACGAAAAGUGUCAUUUUAGAAACAUCGUUUUCCUUAUCUCUCCGACUACUCGUCGUCCAUCCGCGUCGAUUGUUCCGCGUCAAAUCUGAAAAGAUUUCGCGCGAGCCAAAUUGGGUCACCGGGGGAGAUCCAACCAUUGUCAUCCAGCCGAAUUUUCAACAAGAUUAACAGGAAGAAAAUUAACAGAAACAUAGUCAAUGUAAAGGAGAAAAAAACUCGUUGACAUAAAAACGUGUACAUCGUGAAAGCUUGGCAGCAUAAGAUCGACAUGUUUUGUUUCCAAACGCCGUUCACGCGCGCGUCACGCGUGCUCGUGUCCUCCCUGUCUUCCAACAAGACGAAAACCUCCUCGAUGAGCAUGAUCCUUCCAGUGGACAAGACGUCGGGCUCCAAGUGUGACAGGCAGGACUCGGAAGCGACAAGCGAAGGUUCCGGCUCGUCUAUCGGUUAUAUUGACCAGGAACCACUGGUUUCUGACACGAGCAGCACUGACAGCACGCUUCCGGACAUCAAGGCGGAUUACCUCGAUCCGGAGACCUUGUCGCCUGGGCCUGACUCUCUAACGGCUUCCGUUGCCAUCGUGGAGAACGGGAUGGACGAGCCGAAUAACAUACUUGCGGAGUGCGGCAAUGAACAGAAUUACCACGUGACCCUCUCCUCGUCCCCUGAGAAGCAAUCGUAUAGCAACAUACGGUCGAAGAAGUUACUGCUUCGUCUACGUUCCAACGACUCAUCCUCGGACAACAAAGGGGACACGGUUGCCCAAUUGAACAAAGAGGAGGAACACAGAGAGAAGGAGAAAGAAUACAAAUCCGGAGAAACUUUGCUGACGAGUUCUUCGCCAUCGGUACUGAUCGACCCCGCGGACCCCGAGGAGGAGGACACUUUGAGAAAUUGCAGAGUGACCGCAGCCUCUGAGAACGAUAUAUCCUCGUUGCAGAAUGUGUUCAGCGAGUCGGAGAAGGAGAACGUGUCCAAUCAAGAAACGGAAACCGAGACAGAGGAAGGUUCCUCGUUACCUUUGAGCCCUGCUGGCCCGUCAACCGGCGGCUUAUCCUCGUCGACAGUACCUUAUUACAAUUUUCUUUGCGUCAAUGGUGGAGCCAUGCGACAGGAGAUGACUAGCACCAGCUCACCCCAGCUGUCCUCGGACAGCAAUCACAGAUCCAGCGCUGAAUCUAGCUCACCAGCCGAUGCUUGCAGUUCGUUCAACGUUGAAAAGAACUCGAGGUUAGACACGUUGAAGCCAGAGAGCUUAGAAAGCACGUUUUGCCUGCCUGCCGCGAGGUCUUGCCCCAAUUUGGAAAGGCAGAGCGCUGGAUGCUCGCCAACCAGCGGGUCGUUUGGUUCUAGUCCUAGCCCCGGUCCUGUUGGGCCUAGAUUCAAACCUAUCGAAGAAGGGGACAUUCAGGUGUGCUUUUUGAAUUAUACCAAUCUCGUGAAGAAGAUCCUGUCGAGCAAAUAUCUGAGGAGGUGGGAGACGCAUCAUCUUUAUUUGAACGACACCUGUAUCUCGUCGAAGACGAGGACGGGAUUUUUUCGACAACCAAUACCUUAUAGUAACAUGUCGGAUAUACGGAAAUAUGCUGUUACUAGAUGGGAUCCUACUUACAAGAACUGCCUUAGCAUAGUUCUACCAAACAGUUCUCUUCUUCUCCAAGCGAAUAAUGCUUACACGAGGGACCAAUGGUAUCAUUCGAUACUAUGGAAGAGGAGCAUCUUCAAAUACCAACAUCUUGUAUCUCUAAAUACUCGAGAGGAGGUGAUCAUCAAAGAAUUGAAAUCUAUGGUGGAUUUCGCUUUAUGGACGUCACUCCAGGACGAAAGAGUGUCCGUAGCACCAUUGGAAGCUGUUGCAAAGCAUCUCGAGGACCUAGUCGUCGAAGAAUCGUCCGAGAAAUAUUCAGAAAAAUCGAUCGAAGAAAUUUCUCGGUAUCGAAACGAUCGGAAACAUUGGGCGGAAGCUGUCCUAUCCGUGGUGUCUCCUCUUUUAGACAAAGUCGCACUUCCAGUCUGUCUGACGAGGGUCCUUGUGAAGCUGGCACAACAGCAUCCACAGUCCUCUUUGGUCACAGCUAUAACUCCAGCGAUUACGAGGUGUCUCAAGCAUACAGUGGAUUUCGGCAAAUCCCUGGACAUGAGGAAAUUGUUGCAAGUAUUUAUAGCUGCUCUGUAUAUUGCGGAUGGCGAACAAGCGAUCAGAGAUUAUAUUGCUUCGGUUCAUGGACCUGGAAGUGACUGUCCCCAUCCCAGGGUGCUUGCCAACUUGGUGUCCGUUUGCGUCGCAGCGAUUUUUCAUAGAUUCGAAGUGGCCAAUCGUUCAUUACCGGAAAAAGAAAAAUCACCGACUUUGCCUCCGUUGGAUUGUUAUCUUUUGGUAUUAAAUAUCGCAUCAGAAUAUGCUGAUUGGAGGCCAGAAUUUGGUGCUUUAUUGCAACCCGUGCCAUUUCCAGAGGAAGCUUUUGCCGUGAAAGCGGUCCAACAAUCGAUAUUAAUGUGCGUGAUCAGUCGUUUAGCGAAAGACGCAAGAUGCGUCGUGCAUCGCGUUCUACUUCCGGUUAGAGAGCCCAGACCUGGAUGGAUCCAUAUUGUCGCACCAUCUAGUCCAGAUUGCCCCGAUCAAGGAGAAUUGUUUGGUGAAAUGUUAACUACUUUAUUGGCAUGUUGCUGUCGAAGAAAGAAAUUUAUCAACUGGCUGAUGAAACAAGUACGCGACGAUUGUAUAUUAUUGGCAGUGAGAGGUUGUGAAGCUGCGCAAGAGGCUCUCUGCUUAAUGUUAGAAUGGCAUUUGUUGUCGAGUAAAGAAGCGAAAUUGCAAAUAGUCAGUGCGUUAGAAUCGACCACUUCGGGGAAGGAACGUUACGCUGCUCUUUGCCAAAGGCAGAGGAAUUUGCAGCAACUACUCCGGAAAGGAGGUCCUAGACGAUUGACGUUACCAGCCCGUGCCACAGAUGCGGAUGUCGCUCUUAUUCUAAGCGGAAGGGCUCUUGGCAGCCUGGAAUACCUCAGUUUGGCCUUUACCUCGGUGACUUCAGCUUGCGCCGAGCAGCUGAUCAAAUUACCAGCGUUGAGGCAUCUGAACUUGUGGGCCACGCAGUUCGGCGACGCUGGCCUACAAAUGAUCAGCGAGCAUCUACAGAAAUUACAGGUUCUGAAUCUUUGUGAAACCCCUGUUUCUGAUAAAGGAAUUUCUACCUUGGCCUCAUUAACGAAUUUAAGGAAACUGAAUCUAAACAGUACGAAACUGUCCGUUCAGACAUUCGAAUCUCUGAAGAAGUGUUUACCAGCUUUGCAAGAGUUUGAUGUGAGAUACACGGACGCUUGGUAGCCAGAGCUUUCACCUUAUAUUCAGUCGAACAAUUCCAGCAACUCCAGUAUCAAAGAGAAAAGACAAAGUUAAACGAGAGUCAGACGAACGAGGAGAAAGAUUCAGAUAGUAAAAUGAAUUCAUCAAAGAAUUUUGUGACAUCUCAUGUUGUUUCAUCGAAACAUAACAUGAUGAUACACAGAAUAUAUCGUAACCGGGGAAGUAUCUCUUAGAACUAUAGUUAAGAGUAUCGAUAGUUCGAGUCCCAAAUAGGACAUCAUCAUCCUCGUUCAUGCGAGAAUGAAAGAUAUUCACAAUCGUUAUUAAGAUUGAUUAAAAAAAAAAAGAUGGAAUGUACGUGUCUAGGACCACAAUAAAAGCCUGAAAGAAUCACAAGAUUUUACUCGCUGGAGAAUCGUAGCGAGAAAACUUCCAAGAAGUGUCGCUAACUGCCCAAGAACUGCUGUAGUUUCGAUAUAAAGAAAAAAAAAAAAGAAAAAAAGAAAGAAAGGAGAUAAUAAAGAAGAAGGUGUUCGAGGACACGCAUCGAAGUUAGAAUAGAACGAGAGUGGAAAUUCGUAGCGACUCUAUAAAUAGUUGAUUCAUAUGGGAAGAAGUAAGAGGACAUCGAGAGAUCAUUUUCGAUGGCGCAGGGACUUGCUUUUCGGCGAUACGAGUUCGAAUUAUUACUUGACCGAGCGCAAGUCUCCAAGUGCCUUGCCUUUUUCCUGACUCCUACGUAUUACGUUUUACUUUUAUUUUUUAAAUCAUUAAUAUAAUUUAUUGAUAUUAUAGUAAUUACUAGAAUGUAGAUCGUUUAAUUUAUUAUUUGGAUAUUUCUCGAAUUUUUAUUCAUCACAGGAUGUUAUUAUAUUUUAUAACGGUUAUUUAUUAAAGUCAUUGUUAUAGAACUUGUUCUUUUCGAUGUACUUGAGUCAGUUUGUUUUCUUUCUUCUUUAUUUACUUUCUGGUAAAUAGACGCGUUAUUCUAGAAAGACGUUUCUUCGAAUGUGAUCUAUAUAGUUAAGUAAAUGUAGUUUUAUAAAGGGAACAGAAAUAUGCAUUUAAUUGAGAUUCAAUUUGAUUACACAGAUAUCAAAAA